AUGCAUUUCCAUUAUAGAAGCAACAACCCAGUGAAAAGGAUUUGACUUUUGAGAGAAAAAGUAAGAUCUUUGAUAAAAAAAAUGGAGAAGGCAAUCAACAGGCAAAAAGUUUUGCUUGAUCACUUAAGUCCCUCUUCACAAUCCCAUCAAUCAUAUGCUACUCUCUUUCCUUCAAUUUGUUCGACUGGGAACAACACUGCUUUUGGGGAUGAUAUUGUGAUUGUGGCGGCAUGCCGCACUCCAAUUUGUAAGUCAAAGCGUGGAGGCUUUAAGGAUACACCUGCAGAUGAUUUGCUUGCCCCUGUGUUGAAGGCUUUGAUUGAUAGAACAAAGGUGAACCCAAGUGAAGUGGGGGAUAUAGUUGUCGGUUCAGUGUUGGCUCGUGUUGCACUCAGAGCAACAGUGUAGGAUGGCAGCAUUGUAUGGCGGUUUCCC